CCAACCUAGCUUCCCUAAUAGUCAAAGUUGGAACACUCCAUCAGCUCUCCUGCUUCUGGGAAGCAUCUCGCCAUCCAUCCUCCCCCUACAAACCACCACCUUCCUCCUUCUUGUGAUCAUCUUCCUGAUCCUUCCCUCUCUUCUCCUCCUCUCCAUCUUAUCUUCUUCUUCAUCCAUUAUGACUUCAUCUUCUUCUGCUAAUUCCCACUCCUCUGUUCCUCCUUUCUCCUUUGCCACCACCCCUUUCUCUUCUUCUUUCUCUGAGCUGCUUGCUGGAGCUGUAGACCAUGAUGAAGACCUUUCUCUUUCUCCUUCUAACUUCUCUCUCACAAGGGGUGUCCCAAAGUUUAAGUCAUUCAAUCCUCCUUCACUUCCCAUCUCCCCUUCUUCUUGUUUUUCCAUCCCUCCUGGUCUUAGUCCUGCUGAGCUUCUUGAUUCUCCGGUUCUCCUCUCUUCUUCUAAUAUCUUGCCUUCUCCCACCACUGGGACUAUUCCUGCUCAAUCUUUCAACUGGAGAAGCAGUUUUCAGCAGCAACAGAGCAUCAAAGAGGAACCUAAACAAACCAGACCUUUCUCUGAUUUCUCCUUCCAAACAAAGCAAAACUUUCAUCAUAAUGAAGAACAAAAAGUGAUUCCAACUUUGCAACAAGACUACAACAACAAUAACAACAACAACAACAACAACAACAACAACAACGCAAGUAUGAAAGAGCAGAAGAAGUCAGAUGAUGGGUAUAAUUGGAGAAAGUAUGGGCAAAAACAAGUUAAAGGAAGUGAGAAUCCAAGGAGUUACUAUAAGUGCACAUACCCUAAUUGUCCCACAAAAAAGAAGGUUGAAAGGUCUAUAGAUGGACAGAUAACUGAGAUUGUAUACAAAGGAACACACAACCACUGUAAACCUCAAUCCACAAGGAGGAAUUCAGCUUCUUCUCAGGCUUAUCAAGCCGUCGCCCCUACCGAAACCAACGAGCAUUCAUACGGUACUCCGAUAGACUCCGCCGCCACCCCGGAGAACUCUUCCGUCUCUUUUGAGGAUGAUGAUGUUGAUAUGAGCUCAAAGAGAAGCAAAACAGGAUCUGAAAACUUUGAUGAUGAUGAUAACAAUGAACCUGAUGCUAAGAGAUGGAAGAAAGAAGGUGAACAUGAAAGCAUGUCAGCUGCCGGAAAUAGAACUGUGAGAGAGCCAAGAGUGGUGGUUCAAACAACAAGUGAUAUCGAUAUCCUCGAUGACGGUUACCGGUGGAGAAAGUAUGGUCAGAAGGUUGUGAAAGGCAAUCCAAAUCCAAGGAGUUACUACAAAUGUACAACUGUGGGAUGUCCAGUGAGGAAGCAUGUAGAAAGAGCUUCACAUGAUUUAAGAGCAGUGAUCACAACCUAUGAAGGGAAGCACAACCAUGAUGUUCCGGCAGCCCGGGGAAGCGGCAGUCACGCUGUCGUUAACCGUUCUACGGCCGAUGUUAAUGUCACGACGGCGAUAAGGCCUUCGGCGAUGUUCGGUAGGGGUGGUGGUGGUGGAUCUCAAGGCCAAGGUCCAUUCACUUUGGAGAUGUUGCAACCUCAAGUUAACUAUGGAAUGGUCUCAGGUUAUGAUAAUGCAAUGGCUUCUUAUUUGAACCAUCAACAACAACAAAAGCAUUUGGAGAGUGUUAUGAUUUCAAAGGCCAAGGAUGAACCAAAGGAUGACUUGUUCAUUGAGUCAUUGCUAUGUUGAUGUUUAUUAGUGUUAUAAUUUUGAUCAUGGUCUUGUAUAUUUUGGUAGUUAUAGGAUUAAUUAUAUUGUUCAUUUGUUGGUGUAUUUUCUUUCAUUUAAGGAACUUGAUCAAAGAAUUUAUUGAUAA